CUUUGUCUCUCUCUUCCAUCUUCCCCCAUACCAUCAUGUCUCUAUCGCCACCCAGCAGACGCGCAAGAUCAGCAAGUAAGGAACAAGAAGACUUGAUCAAUGCGUAUGAGGCUGAAGAAGAGAGGAUAAUAAAUGUUUUAUCCAGGAAGUUGGAACAGCUUCGACAGGAUAAAAUAGAGCUGGAAAAUACACUGGAAGCGGAAUCCGAAAGCCAUGUGAAUAGGUUGACGAGGGAAUUAUCGUUUCUCAAAGCACAACAACAAGCUGGUCAGACAAAUGGGAGUUUAGGGAACAAUGAGGGAGCAGAGGCACUAUCUUGUUCAAACUAUGCUAGAUCACCAGCAGAUCCUACAACAGAAGUUAUGCUGGAAGCUCUGCGCCGCGAGAACGAGACUUUGCGCAACCGUUUGGCGGAAUACGAACGGGAUUAUAUGCGAUUGUCCAGGCUUAAUGAAAUCUACCGGGAGGAACUUAUUGAGCAUAGAAGUCGACUGGGAAGACCCGUCGACAAUCUAAUAGGAAUUUCCUCCAACGACCCAUUUUCUCAACCUCUCCAUCAUCGCUCGCCUUCCUCAUCUUCAAGGACAUCCUCCCCAUCGACGUCUUUCCGAAGUCUUGCACCUUACGCACCACGGGCUAUGUCCGUUCCUGUUCCCAUACCAGGUGGUGUUCCCAUCCCUCGACCUCCAUCUCAAAUCCACCGUCCAAUAAACUCCAUCUCUUCCCAGGGCAACACUCCACUCUCACAUUCCCCUACAUCCGUGGCUUCAGAGUCCCCCUACACCUUCUCUCCCCCUGGCGCGUUGUCAACUGACCCUGCCAGCCUUGUCAGUAACGGAACGAACGUGACGACACCACCUUCGUCAGCUUCCAUUCACAAUCACUACCAUGGAUCUGGAUAUCGUAGUGCUGUUUCGUUGUCGUAUCCAUCAGUUCCACCACCGUCUUUGUCUUCUUCGUUUGGAUCGCCGAAUAUUUCUUAUUAUAUGGGGCGUGAGUGGGAUAGGGAUAGGGAUAGGGAUAGGGAUAAUGGCACUGGGGUUGGUGCUAGAGAUCUUUCUCUAUCGCCUAUCGAACCACUUAGUCUCAGUCGAAGAAGUUCAAUCGCGACUGGCCGACGUGGUAGUAUCACGACGGAUUGGAGAGUAGCUGAGACGGGGUCUUUGAGGGGUGGGAUUAGUAGACGGGGGAGUGUUGAGAGGGGUGGUAGGGUUGCUGAAACGGGCACUUUGGUGAGGAGUCGGGCUGGAAGUCAAAACAGUCAGUCACUUCUUCCGAGUACAAGUGAGGUAACGGGUACGGGUACGGGUACGGGAGAUGGACGUGGUUAGGUUCUUCGUGAAAGGGAGUUGUGAUAGGUUGUGAUAUCUCCCCCCAGGAACUUCGAACGCGGUUUUUAUUUCUUAUUACCGUUUGCUAUAUGCUUUGGUUGGUGUGUUUGUUUUUUUCCCCUCGCUUCUUUUAUAUUCUACAGACGACCGCUCCCGCUGCUUACCUUACUACUCUGAACGUGUACUAGUAUCUCAGUGUUUUCUGCCUGUCCGUGUGUAUUACUUAGUCACUUUACUACUUGCCUUAUUCUGCACGUUUCUUCUUAGGGAUUAGGUUAAACCAAUAAUCUGGGUUGCAAGGAACGUUGCCUGUAUUGGAACAUCAUGAUCAGUAUUCAGUAUAACGGGGGCCAUUGGAUCUUAAUCAAGUCCAUAACGUUGUUCAGA